AUGGCGGACGAAGGAGCCUUGGCAAAUCAUUAUCAGAUGUUGGAGGAGCUUGGAAGUGGAAGUUUUGGAGUUGUGUACAAAGCAAUAGACAAGGCGACUGGGGAAAUGGUCGCAAUUAAACAUAUUGACCUCGAAUCGAGCGAAGACGACAUACAGGAGAUUCAGCAGGAAAUAUCUGUCCUGAGUACAUGCGCAAGCCCGUUCGUCACGCAAUACAAGACUUGUUUUCUACGUGGACAUAAGCUAUGGAUUGUAAUGGAAUAUCUAGGUGGGGGUUCAUGCUUGGAUUUGCUGAAACCGGGACCGUUUAAUGAAGGACACAUUGCAAUCAUCUGUCGCGAAUUAUUACUGGGAUUGGACUAUCUUCACAAGGAAGGCAAGAUACACAGAGACAUCAAGGCCGCCAACAUUUUACUCGCACAAUCAGGGAAGGUCAAGCUGGCCGAUUUUGGCGUCGCCGCGCAACUCACGAAUAUCAAGUCGCAGCGAAACACUUUUGUUGGCACACCAUUUUGGAUGGCACCAGAGGUUAUUCAGCAGGCGGGCUAUGACUUCAAGGCGGAUAUUUGGUCGCUGGGAAUAACGGCAAUGGAAUUGAUUAACGGCGAGCCUCCCAACGCAGGCACCCACCCAAUGAAGGUCCUCUUCUUGAUUCCAAAGGCACCGGCUCCAAGACUACAAGGAAAUAACUAUAGUCGAGAUUUCAAGGACUUUAUCGCUUCUUGUUUAGUAAAAGAUCCGGAUCGAAGGCCGACUGCCAAGGAUCUUUUGCGCCAUCGGUUUAUUCGCAAUGCUGGCAAGGUGGAGGCACUGCAGGAGCUGAUUGUCCGGCGACAAGAAUGGGAAAGUGCCAGAGGCAGGACGCCUCAUCCAAAGUUUUACGAAGAGAAUAUGGCCACGUUAGCUCCAAAGGGAGCGCAUGAUGAGGACGACGAUGAGUGGGUGUUUGAUACAGUCAAGGCACCUACGAUAAGUCCAUUGAAGCAAACGCAGCGACGGAGGCAGUUAUCUUUGAUAUCGGAUAAUUCGCAAGAUACUCCAGAUCGAGCGCUAAGCCGACUGGACCUCAAUGCUGCUCCAACACCGUCACCACCUUCCACAGCACGCCGAGACAAGGGACGGCGAAAAUCAUCAAACGUUCAAAUAAUGUCACCAUCGCCAUCACGCCGGUCUAGUCAACAGAAACAGCCUCUGGUUCCGGCAAUAAAUUUUGGCAACAGCGGGUCUACCAUUCGCCAAUUCAAGCGAGUGUCCGAUAAUUCACCUAAUAUAUCUCCAGACGGAUCCGUCUUGGGCACUGAUGAGAACCGCCCGCCUUUGGUAGAGAGCGUUACGAAGGAGGGUUUACUCGGUCGGAGAGCAUUUUCGAAAGCCAUUGAUCCUGCUUUCCAAGAGAUGCAUGCGCAGACAUCAGACACUGCAAGGCGUGAUGCAUUGUCACGUGCGGCCGACGCUUGGAGCGCCAUGGAUGCGCUAGAUCCAGAGGGAGAAUAUCAGUUGCUGAAGCUGAUGAUGGAGAAGAUUCAGAGUGACCCUAGACUCUCGGCAUCUUUAAUACCUGCUGCUCCUCCUACACCUCAGAAGCCAAAGCUCGUCUUGGCGCAGAAUAAUCCGCACUUGAAAAAUGCAAGACGGCGGCAAAAUUCUCAAGUCUCUGACUCCGAUCCCUGGACAGAUAGCCAGUCGACAUUUCCUGCAGAUUCUGUACCGGGCAUGGAACAUACCAAGCAGCUCGCAGAAGUCCUGUAUGGGCGAUGGGCUGAAGGUCUGCAGAAUCGCUGGCCAGCAUUUUAG